UGGAGUUCGAGCUUUUCCUUUUGAUUCUGAGUGAUCGGUAGUAGCUUCAAAGGAUUAUCAGGAAACCAUGAAUCAUGAGGUGCAGACAGUAAAGGAUGCAGUCCUCAAGCUUCAGUGUUCUCUGCUGGAGGGAAUCAAGCACGAGAGCCAGCUCACCACCUCUGGCGCACUCCUUUCUCAAAGUGAUUACCAAGAUGUGGUGACCGAACGCACUAUAGCCGGCAUUUGUGGGCACCCUCUCUGCACCAAUCCUUUGCCCACUGAACGGCCCCGGAAAGGACGCUACAGGGUCUCGCUCAAGGAGCACAAGGUCUAUGACCUCCAGGAGACAUACAAGUACUGCUCGACUGGCUGCUUGAUAAAUAGUCGAACCUUUGCUGCAACUUUGAAGGAGGAGAGGCCUUCGGAUCUGAACCUAGCCAAACUGAGAGGAAUUCUUAAUCUAUUUUAUGGGCCAAUUUCGGGUCCUAAUGAUGUGGGGAUGAGUGGGAAUGGGGAUAUGGGGCUGUCUGGUUUGAGGAUUGAGGAGAAAAUGGGUAAAACCGCUGGCGAAGUGUCUGUGGAGGAGUGGAUUGGUCCGUCGAACGCGAUCGACGGCUAUGUGCCGCGGAGAGAAAAGAAUUUGGACGCUGGGCAGUCGAAUAAUGAUAGAAAAAGUGGGAAAAAGGAACACAUUGGUAAGUUUAGUUCUUGGGUUGUUCUUUUUGUAUUGUGUUGAGACUUUCUUAUGGGGACAUGGACUUCACAAGUGUGAUUAUUACUCAAGACGAGUACAGCGUCUCAAAGAUUGUGCCUCCUGUGAAGGAUAAAGAUCGAAAAGGAAAAGCAAGAAUUAAUGAAGCAGAUCUCCAGGGUAACCAGACUCAGAAGCCAAAUGCUCCAUCAGUAAGCACUAAAGAAAUGAGAUCCAAAAAGUUGAAUAAAUUGAAGGAUGUGACUGCAUCGGAUGAUAAGGUCAGUGUAUUAGAAGAUAAUAAUGCUGGGCCUAGCCAAAAUGUCACUAAAAAGGGUGGAGAGGAACUCCAGCUGGGAUCCAAGAAGUAUAGUAAGUCCAAGGAUGUGACUAUCAUGGAUGAUAAGGUCAGUUUAAAUGAAAAUAUUAUGGCUGUUCCCAGCCAAAAUGGCGUUGAGAAGGAGGGAAAGGGACCACAGUUGGGAAAAGAGUUGACGGCUGGUGUUCUUAAGUCCUCUUUGAAGACUUCGGAUUCAAAUAGAACAAACAGAUCCGUUUCCUGGGCUGAUGAGAAAAAUGAUGCUGAUGGGAGAAAUCUUUGUGAGGUCAAAGAAUUAAAAGGUGAGGAAGUCGGCCAAGAGUCGUACAGAUAUGUAUCUGCUGAAGCCUGUGCAAUGGCUUUAAGCCAAGCUGCAGAGGCUGUAGCGUCAGGAAAAUGUGAAGCAUCUGACGCUGUAUCUGAAGCGGGUGUUAUAAUAUUGCCACCGCCUCAUGGAGAGGGUCAAGUUAAAUCUGAAGAGAACGGUGAUGUGGUGGAUACGGAACCCCUUCAACUAAAGUGGCCUCCGAAACCAGGAUUUUCAGAAGCUGAUCUGCUCGACUCUGAGGAUUCUUGGUAUGAUAGUCCACCGGAAGGGUUUAACUUAUCACUCUCACCUUUUUCCACAAUGUUUAUGGCACUCUUUUCCUGGAUGUCAUCGUCCUCUUUAGCUUAUAUAUAUGGAAAAGAUGAAAGUUUUCAUGAGGAAUACUUGUCGGUCAAUGGGAGGGAGUAUCCACGUAAGGUUGUUAUGCUGGAUGGCCGCUCGGCUGAAAUUAAGCAAACUCUAGCUGGCUGCCUCUCUCGAGCCUUGCCAGGACUUGUUGCUGAACUGAGGCUUCCCAUACCUAUAUCAACUCUUGAGCAAGGAAUGGGACACUUGCUGGACACAAUGUCAUUUAUGGACCCACUUCCAGCAUUCAGGACAAAACAGUGGCAAGUUAUUGUCCUUCUGUUACUUGAUGCUCUUUCAGUCACUAGAAUCCCUGCACUCACACAACAUAUGGUCGGUAGGAGGAUUUUGCUUCCCAAGGUCCUUGAGGGUGCACAGAUAACCAUGGAAGAAUUUGAAAUAAUGAAGGAUGUGAUGAUUCCCCUUGGCCGUGUGCCUCAAUUCGCAACUCAGAGUGGAGGCUGAGCAGCCAAAAACACGUACUCUUUGCAAUUAGGCUACCGUUUUCUGCUUCUCGAAGUAGACAUUUGUGCUGCUGGGUAUCACACAGGGAAGUCCCUAAAAUUUGCCUCUUAUUUCUUCUAUGUUGAAGAUGAAAGUGUUUGCAAAUCGGCUGUUGGUUGGAUUUUGACGUAUUGUAUAUUUAAGUGUACCAUACAUGGAUAACAAUGGCACCAUUGCUAGUUGUGCAAUUUAUAUAACAACACACUUGUACUACACGGGUGCGUGAAAUAAUUAAGUAAAAGAGUUUAUUGUAAGUGUAUACAAAAUAAAUAAAUAGACGUUUCAUUAAACAAAAA